GCUCGCUAUCGCAAAAUGUACGCGUACGUUUGCUCGAUCACAGAUUCAGUGCACUGUCCACAUCGUAAAUCCUAUUGGCCCCUAUAUUGAUGGCCCCGCAUCUUCGUAGACUAUGUUCCCACUCUGUGUGAGACAGAAGGAAAAGCUGAUCGCGAUCUGAAUGAUUGUGUUUCAAAUAAGGUUGUUCAUCCGCGCUGAAGUCACUUGCGGGGUAUUGAAACCCUUUUGCGUGAGAGUCCGCAGACGACCGCACGGCUCACCCCCACACAAUCCAGUAAUGUGGAACGACCCUGAUCUGGACACCCAUCGCGAUCAACAGGCUCCAUCACAGUACAGGUCCCGCGAGAGACGGAAUCAGGACCGGAAGAAGGAAGACCUGACCGCCUUUGGCUACGAAUCCUUUCUCUUUCAUGCCGACGGCGUUGCAGAGGCGAUCGAGCAGGGACAGCUCCUGAUCACUUGGCAGGGCCAGGAUCCUGCGGACGAAAAUGUACUCUGGCUUGAUAGAUAUGAUGUCAGGAACCUGCUGGAUGAUGAGCGGUCCUUCUCAGGUUCCAGAGAGAUUCGAGACGACAACUUUUUGCAGGAGACAUCCGAUCUCGACGAGAACCGAUAUGAGGACUUGGACUCGGAUGAAGAGCUCCUGUUUGACAUGGAUGAGGACGAGCGAGAGGAACAUUUAGCGCGAAAGAAGGAGGAGAACGAGCAAUCGCAGUUCAAAGGAGUUGGAUAUGAUUAUGAUAAGGACAGCAGCAAGCAGACUGUGGAGUCGAUCUUUCAGCUUCACUUCGAUGUCCCAGAAGGAAUGACAGUGCCCGAUAGUGAAAAGACACUUGCCUUGAUCGAGAGAACUGCAAAGUUUGUCAACAAUAGUUCCGAACCUACAAUGGAGAUCAUUCUGCAAGCAAAGCAGGCGACCAAUCCGAACUUUGCUUUUAUGAGUCGCAGACAUCAUCUCUUCCAGUUCUACAAGCAUGUGCGAUGGCUGAUGCAAACGGGGCUGUAUGAAUCCGCAGAGGAAGUGGAGCUGAGAGAGGCUGAGGAGGCGAAGGCGGAGCAGGAAGAGGAAGCACGUCGCGCUGCCGAAGCAGCGAAGGCUCGCGAGGCUGCCCUUCAUGUUGAUAUUGAAAAAAUCCUGGAAAAGACCAUUGAGUUCUUGAGCGGUAUGGAUUCUGUGGUAUUUGAGGAAAAACUCUUGUCGUUGGACGAUCCAAGAUUUGAAUUCAUGAAGCCAAACCACGCCUGGCACGAGCACUACAUCAGCAAGCGACGUGAGGCGACGGAGGUACAGGCUCGAUAUAAGAUGACUAGUGAGUUGAAUCCCAGUGUGCAGUUUCGGGCACAGUUGGAGAUGCAGGAUCAGAUAAUGCAAGGACAAGAUGAUACCAACACAGAGGUGAAGCAAGGAUCGCCCCCAUCGCCAGUCCUUGAAGUGUCGUCACGAGAGGCGAGAGCCGCAGAGAUGCGACGACUGGACCGUUUGCAACGCGUGAGAGAGCUCUUAAGGCAAAGACGUAAGGAGAGUAUAGUAGAGAGUGCAAGUGAACCUAAUUCAUCAAUGCCUAAGGCCGAGCUAAGGGAUUAUGCUGAGGAUAAGCCAUCCAGAUCAAGAUCAAGAUCAAGGUCAAGUUCAAGCUCAAGUUCAAGCUCAAGUUCAAGUUCAAGCUCAAGCUCAAGGUCGAGAUCAAGGCCAGAGUCUAGAUCGAGGUCGAGGACGGCAUCUCCCAGCUCCUGUGCGCGAAAGCGUGUCCGUACAUGUAUAUGAUACUGCAUAAGAUUGCAGCUGUCCAACAGUAUUAAAGAAAUUCGAGAACA